AUGACUCUGGAAGGAAUAUCCGAUGCCCACGCAAUUCUGCUUGCGACUCACCUUUGUGCAGGUGGUGAUGUGAUCGAUCUUCCUACUUUACAAGCGCAAUACCCUCAUUGUUUGCCGUUGGAACGCCUCCUACGCAUCAUCUUGACAUUCCUACCCGAGAGCAUAGAACCUUCCCAAUAUAUUCCAGUACUCCAAGAGCUGACUGGGAACUCCGACCGUACAAAUAAAGCCCGUGAAAUUGAUAUUUCUGCUGUCAAGGACCUGUCUGAGCCGGAAGCAAGGCAGCGCGUGCGGAAGCUCCGCCUACGACCUCUGAGGCGGGACGACGAAGAAGAGGAGGUGGAAUCGUGUGACCCUUUGACCAAAUUCCUUAUUCAUCGCUCACACUUGAUUGACGCCGAAACCGCACUUCAACCAUUAGUCCUUGACCUCAUUCUUCCCUUCUACGAACAACAACCAGUGAUUCGAGCAUGGCUGAUCUCAAGCCUACUACCGGCACUUCGACUCAAUUACGAAUAUUAUCCGAACCGCGACGGAACAUUGUCAUUGGAGACUCUGGAAGAGUUAGAUGACCAGACUGCGGUCAAUAUUCUGUUAUCCAUUGCCGGUCCAGAGAGGAACGACAUGGACUUGGUCAAUAACUUGAGGGGACUGAUUGGUCCUUGGCUAUAUGGAAGCAACCGAUCAAAACGGCGCAGAUUGAAUGAAGCGGCCCAACAAAACUCGAUCUCCUUCGUCGAGGGAACGCCAAAGCCCGAGCUCACUGAGCUGGUUGGUUGGGAACAUGUGAACGAAUGGCUCUUGUCACGAAGUCUAGUGGACCCUAAGAGUGUAGUCAAUGCUUUUGUUAAUUGGAAUGGACCCGAGGAUGUCGAUCUGGGUGGGUAUGAGGAGAGUGGUGCCCAGAUCACAUCAGAUAGCGCAAAGGCGUUGCUGAAUCGGUAUGGUCAGUCCGGUCUGGCUGUGGUAUACGCUCAGGCGGAUUCAUCCAAAGGCUCGCUUGAAGGUUCAUUUAGGAUUUUGUCGCGAGUUGCCGAGCUGCUCGGCCUCGAAGAAUGCUCAUACCUUUCAUCUUCCGAUGCCGUCCUUCCCUCUGUGGAAUUCGAUGCAGACUUGAUCUCGUCGACUUUACGUCCUUAUCUAUUGCAAAACGCUCUUUUGAGGCCGCAAAAUCUUCUGACAUUACCGUCGCCCUCUUCGAUAUCAUUUGCAAGUGCUUUGCUCCUGUCUCUACGCAUAUUAACCAACCUUGGCCAUGUGAUUCCCUGUCGGGUCGCAGCAAGCAUGUGCCUUCAUAGCAGUGAGGAUAUGCAAAUGGCAGAGCUCCAAGCCGUGGUAUCAUCUAUGGUGAAGCAGCCUCGAUCAGAUGAAGCUUGGGAAAUAGCUCGGCAGCAUCUGCUCUGGCUUCGGGAUUGGCAGGCAGAGCAUUCCGAUAAUGGCUGGGAUGAGCCAUCGACCCACCACGGUCUCUUUUGGAGACUAUCACGAGAUGCUGUUGAAACGGAAAUUCUCAAGGCCCUACUUGGAGCCAGAGAAUAUCAAUUGGCCGUCAAGCUAUAUACUCGAUCAGAGUCAGCACCACUGAGUCCCACUCAAGUGGAGGCAGCCGUGGUUGGCUCUAUUUUCACAGCUUAUGAUAAUGCCAGCAAUGGCAACCGGACCCGUGGAGGCAUGAAGAGAGCCUAUGAUAUCUUGCAAGCAUUUCAGCCGCAUUUCCCCGAAUCGAUCCCUUUGAAGCAGAUCAAUGCUUUGAUAGCAGCAACCCAUGCGCUAUCUUUCUACUCAUUGAUCCUUCAACACGGCGUCCCAUUCCAGCCAGUCAGUAUCCGGGUCCACCAUGACCCUCUCUCACUAGUUGAAAAUGUGCUCGAACAAAACGACAAAAGCUACACAAAACUCGAUGACCUCCUCUACAUUGGCCGGAACCUAGUCACAGGCCUACCCGCAGACCAAACAAGCGAAAUAGAAGAACAAGUCUCAGACACCCUCAUCACAGCCGAACGUCGAAUCACCUCCCUAGCCAUCUCCUCCGCUCUCUCCUCCAACGACUUCGGCACAGCCUACUCCUAUGUCCUGACCCGCCUCGCACCCCCCUCUCACCUAAACACCACAUCUCCCCUCCUAACAUCCACCUCUACACCAGACGAUAUCUCCUGGCGCGCAGUCUACAAUGCGGGCCGCUUCCGCUCUACAACACCCAACCCCUCGACCCCACUCACAUCCCAAAUAAACCAUCUCUCCCAACGCAUGGAACUUCUCUCCUUAGCCCUAGUCCUUACCCCAACACCCGAUCCUCUCCCCGAAAUCCUAGGUGCCUGGCGCCGCUGCGACGAGGAAAUGUCAUCCCUCCGAGCCCGUGAACAAACAGAGGAAGACGUCUGGGACGCUAAGGGCGAUAGCCUAUCUACUGUACCGGGUGGCUUUGGACCUUCGGACUCGGAGCGCGACGCCUUUGAUACGGCGCAACAACGUGCAGCUAGACGGGCUCGUGCUCGGGCUGCAAUGCCGCAUUCCCAUCCGCAUGAGGCGCCUAUGGGGUUGUUUGAGGUUGCGAGGGGUGCUGCGAUGGCGUUGCACAAGAACGCGUUUCCGCUGCGUGGUGCUGCGGCUUCUUCCUCGGCUGCAGCUGGGCCUGGGUCUGAAGCGGAGAUUCAAGGUGAUGGCGAGCAUUCGGAGCAUGAUCGUGUGCGGAAGAGGGAUAUGGUUAGUAAUAUGGUUACAGGGGGGUUGGCGAGUGGAAUUGGAUGGGUUUUGGGCGCUGAGCCGGUGAAUCGGUAG